AUGUCUCAUUAUGACACUAUUGGCCUCAAGUAUAAUGCCGUUAAAUCUACACCUUGGGGCCGGCUUGAGCUUUUCAACUUCAAGAAACACAUUCAGCCGUUUCUAUCCAGGCCACAAACAAAUGUCUUGGACCUCGGCUGUGGAACUGGUUUCUACACAGAACUCCUGGCAGAAUGGGGUGCCACAACUGUUACUGCAGUAGAUAUUUCCACUGCUAUGCUCGCAGGAGCCAACGCUCGUCUAAGGAACAGCCGCUAUGCUUCCAUGGUGGAGUUCGUUCAAGGAGACGGUCUUAAGCCUACGGUAUAUGGCCCCAAGCCUCAAUCAUAUGACUUGAUUGCUGGUGUAUGGUUCUUGAAUUAUGCAAAAGACUACAAGGAAUUAGUAUCCAUGUUUUUGACUAUUCGCAAAAACCUCAAACAGGGUGGCGUCUUCGUCGGCGUCUGCAUGCAUCCUGUGGAGGAUGUGUGUAAUUUCAUCGCCCAUCACAAUUCAAAAGUUUGGGCAAUGACUGGUCUCGAAGACAUUUACCAAGAUAGACUUCCAGACGACGCGGGAUUUAUGUUCAAAGCGGUCUUCCAUCCUCCCAAAGCUGUCAAGUUUGGUCACACUAUCGAGUUUGAGGCCUAUCAUUUAAAGAAAUCGUUCAUUGCGACUUUCCGGAUAGUCUUCGAGGUGGAUUAG